AUGGCCUCAGGCAGCCCCUUCCGUGCCAUCUUGCUGCUGCUCCUGGCUUUUACUCUCCUACAGAAAACCUGGCCAGAGGCCACGGCUCCUUUGGCCGGAGGGCCCCGGCUGCCAGGCCUUGGGCAGGAAAGGUUUCGGGAUGCACAGGGAAGGAACAAAGGCAGGGGAGGGGGGCCCAUCCUGAGUGGGGAGGGAGGCCUCCAUAUCAGCAAGGGGACACAGCUGACAACGGUGCAGGACAAGACCAAGCCAGCCUGGCUACACUCCCCAUGCCCCCUGGACCCUUGUGGCCAGCCACCAUAUUGUCAGACCUGGCUGGCAAAAGUGACCCUCCUGGGGGUCCUGGGGGUCCUGGUCAUGGGGGGCAAUGGGCUGGCUAUCGUGGUGCUGGCCUCCACGGUGUCUGGCUGGAGCCACAGCAGUCGCUUCAUGCUGCUCUCGCUGGCCGCCUCGGAUGCUGCCCUGGCUGUGCUGGUGGUGCCCCUCAACCUGUACCGGAGCCUGACGCUGGGGCCAGCGACCCCUGAGGAUGCUGCGGGAGAAGAGGCUGCCUCCUGCCGGGUGGUGGCCUUCAUCAACUCCAGCCUCUUCGGGGCCUCCCUCUACUCCCUGGCCGGGGUCUCCCUAGAGCGCUACGUGGCCGUCUUCUUCCCUCUCCACUACGGCCGCCUCCUGAGCCCCAGACGGGUGCUUUUGCUCAUCUUGGCUGCCUGGCUCCUGCCUGCCCUCCUCCUGCUGCCGCUGGCUAUCCCAUCCCCUGUGGCCGUGCUCCAGGUCCGCUUUUCUGCUGCUGCCCUGCUGUGCGAGCCGGACUAUGGUUCCAACCCCUUCUACUCUCUCUGGAUCGCCGGCACCAUCUUCUGCCCGGCUGCUUCCACCAUCGCCUUCACGAAUGUGCGCCUCUGGCUGGUGGCCCGCUCGCAGCGCCAGCGUGGAAAGGACCCGGGCUUGAUGGAAAAGGCAGGGCGGCCCAAGAGGCCACGGAUGCUCCAGCUGGAUGCUGCCGCCCGAGUGUUGCUCCCGGUUGUGUUUGCCUUCUUCGUCUGCUGGGCCCCUUGCAUUGGCACCCUCGUGUACAACUCAAUCACCCGGGAAAGAGUCCCUGACUGGCUGGAAUUUAUUGCUUUGUGGCUCCCCAUUGGCAGCGGCUUCCUCAACUGCUUUGUCUACUUCUGGGUCAACAGAAACUUCCGGCACAAAGUCCAGAAGGUUGGACAAAAGCUCUGCUUGCCCUGCUGUCUAACUGAGCAGGACCUGCGGCCACAGCACCUGCCCAGCAUCUCAGCUCACGUGAGGAUGGAUUGUGAGCCCCCCGGCCUUUCCCCAGACGGCUCCCUCGGUGGGUCUCCUCCCAGCGAUGGCCUCCCUCUUGCCCGGCAUGGCUAACCGUCUGCAGGAAUCCAGCCUGGCCUUCCUACACUGUGGGGGUUUGUAGCUCUGAAAGGCGCCUCCCGUCCAUUGCCUCUGAGCAACUGAAGAAGAUUUGUCACUUGGAAGAUGUCAGACCCUUCAAGAUAAUUCAGGAAAUGGAUCUAUCAAUCCGCUGGACUGAAAAGUGGCCACUUCGUCAGCUGGGGGCAGGAAUAUUGCAGCUCCCUCCCUGGCUGGCCUAGCUUUCCAGACAGGCUUCUGCAGGACCAUCCCAGGACUUAGAUUGGUGAUGGGUGAUGGAGAAGCAUCUGCCUGAACCAAGGUGGGCUCUUUACCAGGCCUCCCCAGGGGGGAAAUGUGAGAAAC